AUGUUGGUAAAUUGUCUCAUACGUCAUUGCGUCAUUUUUGUACGUCAGAGAGCUAAGGUUGUUCAACAAUUAAUGGGUAGCUUACCUGAUUUUCGCACUGUGAAUUGUAGACCAUUCACACACUCUGGUGUGGACUACGCCGGUCCCUUCCAGAUUCGCUUUGCUCCAGGUAGAGGACAAAGGAGUUAUAAGGGUUACGUAGCUCUUUUUGUUUGUUGUGUAACCAGAGCUAUUCAUCUAGAGCUAGUAUCAGACUAUACUUCUCAGAGCUUCUUAUUGGCCUACAAGCGUUUUAUCGCGCGUAGAAGAAUACCUGCUCACAUUUACAGCGAUAAUGGUACCACCUUUCAAGGCGCUGAUCGAAUAUUAAGAGAAAACGCGGCUCAAUUACGUCGAGACCCGAAUCUUGUUAAUUUUUUAUCGGUCGAGGGAACUACGUGGCAUUUUAUUCCACCCGCCGCCUCUAACUUUGGUGGUCCUUGGGAAGCAGGGGUGAAACAUCUGAAACAUCAUUUACGUAGAGGUGUUGGAUCACAUACUUUAACGUUUGAAGAGUUCUUUACCACUUUAUCUCAAGUAGAAGCUUGCCUCAGUUCCAGACCAAUUGGAACACAUUCUGAAGAUCCCAAUUAUUCCUCUUAUAUCACUCCAGGGCAUUUUUGA